UAUUUCAUACAAUCUUCUAAGAGUUCUUCUACGCGUUACAAAUCUUUGAGAAAUUUAAUGCAUGUCUCAUAAUGUGAAUAAAAAAUAUAUUAAUAAGACUUAUUUCUUAUAUUUUCCUUCUUUUUUGUUUGUCUUGGAAUGAUAAAAUAUUGAGGGAACUUCGAAAGUACUUAUAAAGAUAGCAUAUAAGCAAUUUUGGUCAGUUGGUUGGAAUAUUUUGUUCUUGGAGGUUUACAAUUAGAUUAAGCCGCCAUGCCCUCAUUUCGAUAUCAAUUAUUUAUUUUGUUCGUUGCUGGGCUGUGCAUUGUUCGAGUGAAAAGUGAGAUAUGUUUUCUAAGUCUUCCUAGUGAUCCCGCACUUCGGCCGAUAUUUGAAAGAACGUUCGGUAGUCGUACGAUAUUAAGACCCUAUAAAUCCCUAAAGGAGAGCAAUAAUAUUUAUGCUGAGAAGGGUGAAACAAUUAUUUUACAUUGCUUGGAUGGAUUUUCUCUGCCUUCGAACCUAGCUGAUCGUGCCAGUAUAAAACUUACCUGUGUUGAAAAUGGUAUUUUCGAAGUCAACAACAAACACCUUGUUGGAGAUUGGUCGAUGUACCGGCCACAUUCAUACAGUACCACGACCACUCACCGCAAUUAUCCUGAUCUUCGUAAUUUAUAUUUUGAGUGUAAAAAACUCGGAUGGACUUUAUACGAAAGUGCACAGGUAUUCCGUUGGUGCCCAGAAUACACCGCUUCGUAUAUAAUAGCCAAGAAAAACGUGAACAAAUCGCCUACACCUCUUGCUGGACUGUGCUACGAUACUGGAAGAUUUUCAUUAAGUUCGGUCGCCUACAACAUACAACCCGAAGAGUUCAAGAUUAGCAAAACAACAUUUGACUUUAGCAACUAUUCUCUUGGAAACGAAAUUAAACAUUUCCAGUCUAUAGAGGAUGAAGGGUUAACACCUCUUCUCUUUGAGGAUAAACUAUUUGAAGAUUGGUUCACUUUCGGAAACUUUCAUUACGCUCCGCUCGCUGAAAAUAUUAAGUUAAAAGACAUAACACAAAAAUUUAGCUCUCUACUGAAUGUAACUUGGUGGUCAAACUUACGUUUAGGUAACUGGAAGAAAUAUCGAAACGCUUUGGAGAAGCAUACAAUCAAGGCCGCUUAUAAUGUUAUUAGCGGUAUUGGAGGAAAACUAGAAGUGCCGGAUAGCAGUGGUUGCGACAACACUACCGAUAUGAAGGUUUUAGUGGAUAAAUACGACCGUCAUAUACCUGCUUACAUCUGGAAUUAUUUGGAGCCGAUAGAGAAUACAAGCAAAGAGUUUGCGAUCAUAGCAUUCAACUCACCGUUUUAUGAGUUUUACGAAGAGGGCGACAUUGUAUUUUGCGAAGACAUUUGUCAUAAAAUUACUUGGUUGGCAAAUGUACGCUCGACCUUCCGGUACGCUAACAUGGGCGUAAUGUUUUGUUGCGAGCUUGACGAUGUUCAAAAAUCCGCUCGUUUAGAUAACUUUCCAAAGAAGAAUGACACUGGCGAUGUCCCGACGCGCAUUUGAUUGUUAUGGCAGCUAUUUAUUUUUAUUACUUUUUUUGAAUUAUUUUGAAAUGUGUCGAUAUAUAGAAUUUUGAUAAAUAAUA